AUGGGAUGGGGAGAAUUGGGAUAUGGAAUAUUUAUUGGAGGGGGGGCGGGAGGGGGACAAAUCUCGCUAGGAACCUACCCAUCUAGGUACUGUGGUAUGGAUGAAUCUCUACGAAAAGUAUAUGGGGGUUACUCGAAGGGUCUAGAUUCCUGUGUUUCGGUGUCGAAAGUAAAUUUGGAGAUUUCGGGAUUUAUCACAAGGAAAGAUCAUGCCAUGAUGAGAAUGCAUAGAGAUUUAAAACCUGUAUGUGUCUUUUACAUCGUUCCAGGUCCUUUGAUUCCGUGGACCCCUUUCACUUUGUUUUUGAUUUCCAAUCCAGGUGUCUUGCUAGUUUGGGCAAGUACAUUUUUGGGUUUUAUGGGUGUCGGCUUGUAUCUAAGUGUUUUAGACAGGGAGGAAUUUGUGUGCUGA